AUGCCUCUCCUCCUUCUCUCCGUUGUCAUCUCUUACGAUAUCGCUUGCCAGUGGAAAAUCAACCUUACAAAGAGAAUGGAUGACCUUCCAGAACACCCUCAGAUUUUGGCAGCUGUCGCUCUUGCGGCAUUUAUGUUUGGAAUCCCUAAGUUUCACUGUCCUGCACAUGAGGAAAAAUGUGCAAUCCCACAUUCGUUGAACCUCAUGCCAGGCGUAGGACGGACUGAUGGUGAGGGAAUUGAGCGCAAUUGGGCAGAGAUGAAUCAUGUUGCGAACAGCACGAAAGAAAUGGGCCCCGGUUCUCGACACAAUGUCCUCAACGACCAUUUCGGAUAUCACAACUGGAGUAAAUAUACUGGACUAGGACUCUCGCUACGGAGAAAACUUCUGAAUGCCGUCAAGGAGCACGCUCGUCACCAGUCCUUUUUGCGUGACUUUGAUGAAGUGAUUGGUGAUAUCCAUCGAGGAGAAUGGACUGCAAUGAUCAAGGCUUGGGAAUGCGAUAAAUCAAAUCCAAACCUAUACGUGCUCAGCAGAAUUAAUCUUUCAGAGGCUCAAGUACGUAUUAAUCUUGCAGAUGAGGAGAAGAUUGCUAUCAGUAAUGGGCAUGUACUUCCGCAUGAAGCGACUCCCAGUUCCUUCAUGAAUAUGGCCCUGGUUCUUGAAGAUGCUCAGUAAGUUUUACUCCUGUAAUAGUAUGAGACUCCCUUCUGAUCAUUGUC